AUGCGUGAACGGGAUAUCACUUACACAGCAGUGGGCACCCCCAGUGGUAUGCUCUGGGAGUGGCUAGUGAUGCCACAGGGGCUAAGUUACGCCCCCGCAACGUUUAACAUAUUUGUUACGCAUAUGUUGCGAUCGGUGCGCGAUUUCGCACCGAGUUACUUCGACGAUGUCUUCGUCCAUAUCCGGGCUAUGGAUGGAAUUAUGGACUUUGAGGUUCAUAGAAUCCAUGUCCGGGACGUUCGUAUAGUCAUGCGAGAGCAUAAGUUGUUGGCGAGCCCCAAGAAGUGUAUAUUCGCAGCGAACGAAAUACCACUUCUUGGCUGCAUUGUGGAUAAAAACGGCGUUCGCCCUGAUCCGGAAAAGAUCAAGGCGAUUAGCGAAUGGCCUGUGCCAGUCGACGUCAAGGGACUUCGAAAGUUCGUUGGCUUGGCGGCGUACUUGCACAAAUACUCGCACAACUAUGCAGAGAUGACCGUGCAUCUCUCUCGUCUACUAAAUAAAAACGAGAGGUGGUCAUGGAGCGCUGAGUGUCAGCACUCUUUUGAAGGCAUCAAGAAAAGCUCGGUGCAAUAG